CACUUUUACUUUGUCGAAACGUCGCCUGGCUUCGACAAAAAAAGAUCUAACGUAUCUACCAACUAAACUAUCGGAUCGUUUUCAGCUCGUCAAAGACUUUUUUCUUUUCUUUACGAAGCGUUAUUUUUAUUUAUUUGAUUCGCAACAACAGGUGGCACCGUCCGAGACCGAGUCACAGCACAGCAGCGCCCCCAGCGGAAGCGGGAGGUUUCAUCGAGCUGACGUCGACUCCGUCUUCACGGACGGACCCUGGUGUUUGGAGCAGAUGACAGCAACUUUGACGGUAAAAAGAAAAAGAUGCCCACUACUACCAGGAAGAGGAAGCUCUCCUCUCUGAACUCUGACAGUCAUCCGGGGGUGACGGAGGAGACGUCCCCUGUGAAGAGGAGAUCCCCGAGGAAGAAGCCACCGGGGCGUCUGGACAAGGAGAACUGUCCCUCGCCACAGAAAUCCCCACGUAGACCAGCAGUCUCGCCGGCCAAAUCGCCACGCAAGACUCCCGUCAAACCCACAAUUGUCACGAGCUCCUUCUACGGCAAGCACAAGAACGUCUACCUCACUCCGCUCGAGAGGAAGGCGGUGAAGGAGUCUCUGCCUUCUCUUCCACCUCUUCCGUCGCCUCCCGCCCAGGCAAAGAAGCCGGAACAGAAGAAGCGGAAGAAGAACAAUGUAAAGGGAGGCAACAACAAGCCGAGGAAGGUUCCUGCAGGAUCUGGUAAUGUGGCAAAGACGGGUGUCAAAAGCUACGUGGCGUCUACGAAGACGAUCAAGCUUUCAGAAGUUAACAGCAGUGUCGCCGCUAAACCAGCGUCUGCAACGACCGCAGCUGCCACCGGCAACGCCAAACAAGCCGAUUCCAAAAGGGCGAUCGCCAUCACCUUCAGCAGCCUGAAGCCCAAACCGAAGAUCUUCGUCGGCGCCGCCUUCUUCGGCACGGGGAAGAAACCCACGUCCAUGUACAAGAAAUCUGCACCCAAGUCCUCCGCCAGGCCGGCGUCGGUCCAGGGGAAGAACAGAGUCGCCCCGCCACAGACGAAGAGCGAGAGAACAACGCAGCAGCAGCCUGCGGCGGCGACCAACCCGCAACAAAAACACCCUGAAAAAACCGCUGUCAAGCCGGUCAACACAGAAGAGAACCAGCCGAGCACCAAGCAGAGGGCGAAAUUUGAUCCGACGGACUGGAUGGACUCUGAAACUCCACAGACACUGAGCUCACCAAAAUUCUUGACAGAGAAAUAUGGGAUUACCAAUGAUCUGAAGAUCGUGUUGACCAGGACCCCGACACCAAGUAGUGCAUCUAUCGCCAAAACUCAGGAUGAUGCUCCUCCGGACGGCGCCUCUGAACCCGUCUUUGAACUAAGUGAUAUCAGUCCCAUCGGCGCUGCCUCCAGUCCGCCCAGAGAAUCAUCAGCAGCAGCAGUGUAUCCCAUCUUUGGCUCCGCCUCCAAGAGGUCAAAGAAAGCGGCUCUGCAGCCCCCGGUGUCCUGCAGCACCCCCUCUGGUACGAUAACAGCACUGCAGACGGCUUCUGCAGCUAAAGAGCGAAGCACUCGGAGGAGGAAAGAGAAGCAGGAUGAUGACCAGCUCAUUAUCGAUGCGGGUCAGAAGCAGUUUGGGGCAAUAACCUGCAGCUCAUGUGGGAUGGUGUACAGCGCCGACAACCCGGAGGACCAUUUCCAACACACCCAGUUUCACCAGCGCUUCAUCGACUCCAUAAAAUUUGUGGGCUGGAAGAAGGAGCGGGUGGUGUCCGAGUUCUGGGAUGGAAAGAUUCUCCUGGUCAUGCCGGAUGAUCCCAAAUACGCCAUCAAGAAGGCGGAGGACGUGCGUCGCGUAGCGGACAGCGAGCUCGGUUUCCAGCAGGUGACGCUGAGCCGACCCACGCAGGCCAAGACCUACCUGUUCAUCAACACCGAGCGGAUGGUGGUGGGGUGUCUGGUGGCCGAGCCCAUUCGACAGGCGUACAGAGUCCUCGAGCAGCCGGACCAACAGAAGGACAUGACCAGGGACGACUUCAUGGAGCGACACCGGGCCUGGUGCUGCUCCACCGUCCCAGAACAAGCUCUGUGCGGGAUCAGUCGGAUCUGGGUCUUCAGCCUGGCCCGGCGGCAGCACGUCGCCACCCGCAUGCUGGACACCGUCAGGAGCACCUUCAUGUACGGCAGUCACCUCACCAAGGAGGAAAUCGCCUUCUCUGACCCGACGCCCGACGGCAAAGUGUUCGCGACCAAGUACUGCAACACGCCGACGUUUCUCGUCUACAACUUCGUCGCGUGAGGUUUGAAAAGAAUCCUCAGGCUGUUGUGAAUUGUAGUUUUUUUUCACGUGUGAAGCAGGAACUGUUCAGGUUUCCAUGUCGACCAGGACAAACUUCGGUUUGUGUUCAAACCUACAGUUGUAUAAUGUUUCAGGGUGAAGUAGGCUCAGUGUUUUCAUGUUAAUACGCCUGUUGUCACUCAGUAUUUAUACUCGGCGCUGCUUAAUUUACUGUUGAAAGUUGUGUGUAUAUUGGCAGUGUUUUCAGAUGUUUAUAUUUUUUCUUAAUAAGGUACAUUUCAAUAUUUUUCCAUUUCUGAAUCUACCCACAUAACUUGUUCCAUAACGUUCCUCAAACGUUCAGAGUUUUUAUUUUUUUUUGUCAAGUUGGUACCACCUCGAGGUUUUCUGGACACUUUGGAAGGAAAAUGUUUACAGGCGCUGUUGAAAGGCAGAAACACGAUCGUUGUUCAGGGGCAUUCUGCUUUGUAAAUAGGUUUAAUAAACAUGUUGCCUUUUGUUUUAUGAA